UGAUUCCCACUAGCGCCUGGUGAUUGCCGAGCAUCUCCGAUGGGGAAGGGGGGGAGAACUGUUUGUAAACAAAACAGUUCUCUCCCCUGUCAGCUCCUGCACACUGCUUUGCAUGGCUGUGCAUAGCACAGCCAUGCAAAACAGUGUGCUUACAGUGAAGCACAAACACAGCCACUCAGUAAAACACUCUCAGCACACAGUUAACCCUUUAAUCACCCCUCAUGUUAACCCCUUCCAGCCCAGUGUCAUUAGUACAGUGUCAAUGCUUUUAGUUAGCACUGAUCACUGUAUUGGUGUCACUGGGGAUGUCAGUGACACCAAGUCAGUUCCCUCCAGUGUUAGAAUGCCUGCCACAGUCCCGCUAUAA